AUGAAGAAAGGCCGGGCAGCGAAACAAUGCAAGAUGCGCAUGGCGCAGGGUUGCAGCGUGGCGACGCUGCUGAAUUGCGCGGAUAAUAGUGGGGCCAAGAAUCUUUACAUCAUUGCGGUGAUCGGCAUCGGAGGACGCUUGAACAAGCUGCCCAACUGCUCCCCGGGCGACCUGGUCUUGUGCAGUGUGAAGAAGGGAAAGCCAGAGCUCCGAAAGAAGGUGCUGAAGGGUGUGGUGAUUCGCCAGAAGAAGGCCUGGCGCCGCCGCGAGGGGGCCUGUGGCCAAAGAGUGCGCCGAGCUUUGGCCAAAGAUUGCCUCCUGUGCUCCUGCCAUUUGCUGAGCCUCGUGGUUCUGUUGGACCUGCCUCCGCCCGCAGCCAAAACAGAACAUGAGAAGAGCUCUAAGCUCGGGAUGGGAGACGCUUGGGUCUCGGUGGAGCGCCCCGUGAAGGAUUGGUGCUCUGUUUUUCCGCGCAUUUUUGGCAUCAAUUUCAGUGUGGCCGCGUUGAUCUUGGACUUCGAGUCUUUGAGAAGCGGUGCGCAAUUGCCCUACCAGCGAGUGUCAUCACUGCCCUACGUUUAUCAAAUCUAUGCGGGUGCUGCAGCUGAAGCCGGUGAGGAGGCAAGCCUCACCUGCUUCAUGAUGGUCCCGACAACCUCUGCAGGGGCUGUGAUCGGCAAGCAGGGAGCCAAUCUGAAGGAGCUCCGUGAAACGCUCAGCUUGAAGGUGAUACUUUCAAAAGAAGAAAUUGAAGGCUUCAGACCCUGCACAUUGAGCGGGGCUCUGGACUCCAUCCUGGAAGCAGAAAGACGCAUCCAGGAACAGAUCGUGUCUCCGGAUGGUCCUCCUCCUUCCAAUGGCGGCGUGAAGCGGUUGCUGGACGCUCCAGAGCCAGAGCCCUUUGAGAACAAGUCCCAUGGGACCUUCAUCAGCGCAUAUAGUGAGCCAGAGGCCAAACGACCUCGCCCAUCCGCCGCCGCACCAAGAACCACGAGUGAAUCAACGAAGAUCUUAGUGCCUGCAAAUGUGGCAGGGGCCAUUAUUGGCAAGCAGGGUUCGACCCUGAAGCAAAUUCGGGAAAGUUCCGGAGCGUCCAUUGAUGUGGUGAAAGAGACCCAGACGCCUGAAUUUCCUGGCGAGCGUGUGGUGAAUGUCAGGGGUAGCUUAGAUGUUCGACGGAAUGCGUUGCCUCAGGUGCUUACAGCCGCCUUUGAGAAAGAUCCAGCUAAUGCCUUGAUCAAGAUGAUGGUGCCCAGCAACCUUGUGGGUGGCAUCAUUGGCCGGCAGGGGGCCAAUCUAAAGGCUAUUCGAGAGCAAUGUGGCAUCCAUGUGCAGGUGGGUCAAAAAGACCAGCAAACUGUCCACGGCGAGCGGAUGGUGUUUGCCACUGGUGGCUUGGAGCAGGUGCUCAGUGCUGCGGCGCUGGUCUUGGACUCCGCUGAGGCUGCUGCAGCUCCAAAAUCGGCCGUGGCUGGAGCUUUUCCAGAGGCUGGUGGCUGCAUGUGGCCGCACGGUGAAAGGGCGGGCAACUAA